CUUUAUAGAGACAGCCUGGGCGGCUCCGCUCGCUGUUUUUCUUCUCUGGGUUGUGCUCUUUUUCUCUGUUAGCGAAGAUGCAGCUCAAACCGAUGGAGAUUAACCCUGAGAUGCUGAACAAAGUGCUGGCCCGGCUGGGGGUCGCGGGCCAGUGGCGUUUCGCUGACGUACUGGGGUUGGAGGAGGACGCUCUAGGCUCGGUGCCAGCACCUGCCUGCGCGCUGCUGCUGCUGUUUCCCCUCACUGCCCAGCAUGAGAACUUCAGGAAAAAACAGAUUGAAGAAUUGAAGGGGCAAGAAGUUAGCCCUAAAGUGUACUUCAUGAAGCAGACCAUCGGGAACUCCUGUGGUACAAUCGGACUGAUACAUGCAGUGGCUAAUAAUCAAGACAAGCUGGAAUUUGAGGAUGGAUCAGUCCUGAAACAGUUUCUUUCUGAAACGGAGAAGAUGUCCCCUGAAGACAGAGCAAAAUGCUUUGAAAAGAAUGAGGCCAUUCAGGCAGCCCAUGAUGCUGUGGCACAGGAAGGCCAAUGUCGGGUAAAUGCAAAUACAAAUCCGAGCCAGGUUGCCCAGGUAGAUGACAAAGUGAAUUUUCAUUUUAUUCUGUUCAACAACGUGGAUGGCCACCUCUAUGAACUUGAUGGGCGAAUGCCGUUUCCAGUGAACCAUGGUACCAGCUCUGAGGGCUCCCUGCUUCAGGACGCUGCCAAGGUCUGCAGAGAGUUCACCGAGCGUGAGCAGGGAGAAGUGCGCUUCUCUGCGGUGGCCCUCUGCAAGGCAGCCUAGUGCCCCGUGGGAGGCACCUGGCUGUUCUCCCCUCCUCCAUCCAUCGUGAAAAUACCUCCCUGCCAAGCAGUCUUCAGUGCUUCAGUCCUUGUGAAACACGGCUGUCUCCUWCCACACGCUCGCUCCUCCCUCCACCACACCCRAGCACUAGCGGAGAUCUUGAGCCAAGUUGGUGUGAGCUUCAGAGGCGAAGCGUCUCCCCACUGUGUGUCUUGUUCCUUAAUAGCUUAAUGCUUUCAAUGGCAACUUUGGUUUGUGUCUGUAAGUUAAGGCCUUGGAUGUGGUUUAAUUGUUUGUCCUUAAAAGAAAUAAAACUUUUCUGCUGAUGAGA